CCUCCCACAAAGUUUGCCCCGUCAGUGUUCAACCACAUUCCUGCACUCACACCGUUCAAGACUUCCUAAACAGUUAGUUUCGACAUAUGAAAAGAAGAAAGCCGACACAGAAGAAGUCAAUGAACUCCUCCAACCUGGACUUCACAUUUCAUUCACAGGUUUCAUCGACUUAUUAAAGAGCUGGUUGCUAAGAGAUGACAAUCGGCGACAUGUGUGAGAGCCUCUGAUGUGGAGCAGCGUGGAGCUCCCACUCCUCCAGGAUCUCUUUCCUCCACACCUCUCUGUGCACCUGGCUCAUGUGAAGGACGCCUGAAAACGCUCUCAGAUCAACAGACUCACAAAUACCAUGGCGGCUUUUGCUUCUGCGUGUGGUACCGCCACGACCACCGCGGUGGCCCCGGCUGCAUGGGAAAGGCAUGGGAAGGACAAAGAGGAGGGCAUAUGCGAGGAGGAGGAGGAUGUGGGACAAAGUACAGUUGUGGAGAAAACCCACGAGUUCUUCCAGAUGUGUGACAUCGAGAAUAAGGGCUUCAUCACCCGACGGGACAUGCAGAGGCUGAACAGCGGGCUCCCUCUCAGUGCGGAGGAACUGGAGAAGGUGUUUGAUACUCUCGAUUCUGACGGCAAUGGAUUCCUCACCCUCGACGAGUUCUCCUCCGGCUUCAGUGAAUUUUUAUUCGGCCAGAAGGUUUCCGUAGAUGAAGAUAUGGGGGAGAAAAACCCAGGUAAAAGUCCCGCAGAGGUCCUGUACCAGAGCCAGUGGGAGGAGAGUCCGGCAAGAGGAGACGAAGAUGAAGAGGAGAAACACUUUAGCAUGCUGAUGGAGAACCUCGGAGCCAACAGUGUCUUUGAAGAUCCUGCUGAGGUGCGCAGUUUGUGGGCUCAGCUGCGGCGGGAUGAACCUCACCUUUUAACCAACUUUGAGGACUUCCUGGCCAGAGUGACAUCACAGAUCAUAGAGGCCAACCAGGAGAAGAGAGAGAUGGAGAGCGCCCUGAAAAGGAGAGCAGCUACACACGAUGAUGAGAUCCAGCGGCUUUACGAAGAAAUGGAGCAACAAAUCAAAAAUGAAAAGGACAGGAUCGUGCUGCAGGACUAUGAGCGCUUUCUGUCUCGCAGUCAGGAUCUGGAGCUGCAGCUGUCCUGUAAGGAGAAGGAGCUGGAUCAGCUCUUUCAGAAACAGAGGAGGCUGGAGAGUCAGUGUCACGACCUUCACAGUGAACAGCAUGUGACCAAGGUGGAGAACGUGAAGCUGAAACAGACCAAUGACGAGUUAGCACGGGAGCUGGAGCUCACCAGCCAGGAGCUGAUGUUAGCUCAGGACCAGCUGAGUCUGCUGCAGGAGCAGUCCACACAGCUCCAUGAGGACAAGGAGAUGGAAAUCUACAGACUGACAGAGGGACUGCAGCGGGAGCGAGCGGGCCUCCUCAAACAGUUGGACCUUUUGAGGGAAAUGAACAAACAUUUACGUGAUGAAAAGGACAUGUGUUAUCAGCAACCCAAGAAUUCAAAGCCGACAGCGGGAAUGCAGCCGAAGCCUUCAAUCAAUGCUGUGAAACAUUCAAAUACAAACAUCUUCAAAAGUGAGGAUGAGGAGGAGCUGACCAGGAGCUUAGGGAGACAGAUCCUGACCAAUGGGUCGUGCGGGACCAGAGGACACCUCCAAAGGAUCAUCUCCAUCGAGGAGGACCACCUCCCGCAUUUACUCCAGAUGGACUGUCAGGCCCAAAGCCCGCUCCAGGAGUGCAGUGAAGGAGAGGACGCCUCUGGAGAGGACGAGAAAAUAGACCUGAUGAUGAGUGAUAUCUACCCGGGUGCAUCCUCCGUCAAGCACGGAGAGAAAAGUGAAACCCCGACGUCUCCGAGGGGUCAGCCUGUUGGCAAAGAGACCAGCAUAAGUGAGGAGGGAGGUCCGUCACCGCCCGACCGCCUCUUUAAGAUUGUCCUGGUGGGGAACUCCAGUGUAGGGAAGACGUCUCUUCUUAGGCGGUUUUGUGACGACAGUUUCCACCCUGGCACCUUGGCCACUGUGGGUAUAGAUUACAGUGUGAAGACGAUUACCGUGGAUAGCAGCCAGGUGGCGCUGCAGUUGUGGGACACAGCAGGACAGGAGAGGUAUCGGAGCAUCACCAAACAGUUCUUCCGUAAGGCUGACGGUGUGGUCGUGAUGUAUGACAUCACGGCCGAGCAGAGUUUCACGGCCGUCAGACAGUGGCUGACGAGUGUAAAGGAGAGUGCAGGCGAGGACAUUCCCAUCAUGCUCUUGGCAAACAAAACGGACAAAGAGGGCGAGCGAGAAGUUCAGAGAAGAGUGGGAGAAAGACUAGCCAAGGACGGCCAAAUUAGUUUCUAUGAGUGCAGCGCCUGCUCCGGGCACAAUGUGGUGGAGUCCAUGGUGCAUUUAGCCAGAAUCCUUAAAGAGCAAGAGGACAGAGAGAAGGAUAAGACGGUGCAGCUGGUAAGCAGCUCUUCAGAGAAGAAGAAAUCCUGCUGCUAACAGAUAAACAGCAAACAAAAAGCACGGAGUAGCACUACCCUUUACAGAGAUACACAACAUGAGCACAUUUUAUUGACUGUCAGCACAACGGCUUCUCACGCAGUCUUCCACCUCGUAGCACUGAGGGCGGACCAACACCAGGGUCAGCACUGUGUCGGCUGUUUCUGAUGUUUCACUACUGUCAGCUGUUUAAGACACAAGCUAUUCACUGUUUGUCAUUUUAUGAGUAUGAAGUAGAAUAAUAAUAAUAAUAAUGUACAGCUGAUCAAAUCCAAGUCAAACUGAGUAUCUCUGGAGUCAUUCUUUGAUAUUUUAAAAGUCCGACUGUAGCUUGGCGGUUUUUUUUCACUUACAGAGGAAGAGUCUCUGUCACAUGUGGGCUUUUAACUGUUUGUAUUCAGAUUCAGUGUUAUUUUAGCUGUGUAGUUCCAUUUUUGAAUAUGUGCACAAUGUAGACACUAAAACAUGAACAAAUGUCGACUUUAAUGAACACCCAAAAUGCCUUGCAGUUAUCAUUUAAAGGUAGAGUUAGUAGAAAUGUUUGUUGCAGUUUGUAAACACAACAUUCAAACUGGGCUCAUCCCCCCAGAAGCUCUCACUCCCUGCAGGACGUAGUGUGUACGUUUACUGCUUGUACCUACACUGCAAGCUACCGCACGCUAGCACAAGCUAACCUCUGGUGUUUGUCACCUGCCUGUCCAACAGGAAGCAGACCAACUCCACGUCCACGGGUAAAAGCCAACACAAGGUUCACUCUCGUUUUUAGAACGAGCUUAAUCCACUUGGUGUUUCUCGUCACUGUGAUAACAUUUUCUCUUCUUUGCCCAAAUGUCUGAGCCCGUCACAUUCCCACUCCUAAACUCACCUGCUGCACUGUCAUUGGCUGGAGGAAACACACCAGCUCCAAGUCCAGAAAUAAAAUAAAAUAAUAAGUCUCUAUUUCACAUUUUAGGAAAAAGCUACUGACUGUACCUUAAAGUUUUGUUGUUUUUAAAUUUGGGUGAUAGAAGAUGAUUUGAUGGUCAGGGCUGAGAGGCGGCGGUGCAGGAUCUGGUCUCGGUGUGUUUGUUUCUUCACCGGGUGUAAAAACAAACACCUGUUCUUCUGUUUAGAUCACUCGCUAACAAAAUUUCUGCAAAAGCCCCUGAAAUGAUUUAACUUCAAAUGUUGUUUUUGUUGCUGAGAUGUUUUAUUUAAUUGAACUAUAUUUUACAAGUGUUUGGUUACUUGUUCUUUGUACGUUACAUUUGAUUUGUAACAUUGUAAAAUCUGCACCAGUUGUGUUUUUUGGUUUAUUUAUUGGGGAGGGAAAUGUAUACACUCUUUAUUUUUCACUCAACAGACUCAAUGAAGUUUAAAACAGAAAGGAUUCAUUUCAGGUCCUCUAAAUCUGUGUCAGUGCCAAGUUUUAUUCAAGUGUUUAAAAUAAGACAUUAUGAGUUAGAUAAAUAAUUAGAGAUAUGCAGUAAUGUGUUUUUGUUAUUAUUAGGUAGGAAGACAGAGUGUUUUCAUUAAGUUUAAGUAUAAACCCUCCCCGAACCUUUCCCUUGUGUUGUCAUGUCACAACUGCAAAUGUAAAUGGAUUUUGGGGUUUGAUGUCCUGGACCAUCACACAACAGUCCAUUUUUUUUAAGGGUGAUCAAAACUUAAAGGAGCAAUAUGUAACUCUGAAACCUAGUGCUUAACAUGGGUACUGCGGUCUAAAUUCUAAACAUCAGAGAGAGCUGUCUCCCCCCCACCCCCUCCUCUCUAGAGUCGAUGCUCAUGCAGGUUGCCAUGUGGUGGACACUGAAGCUUCAGUGUUUAGCCAGCUCUGUAUCAUAUUUGGUAAACCGAGGGGCGUCCAAAACGGCCAUGUGGGGAUGUCUUAAAACCGCCUACCUUCUCUGGUCCAAACAAAUCCAGAGCAUUCAGGAGCAGAAUCUAAAGUUAGAAGGAGGACAUACUGGCUGCUGCAUUGUUGUCAGAGAAGCCAGCACUUCAACAUAGCAUGUUUCCUUAAUGUCUGAUCAUAUAGUAAGCUCACUUUAUCAUUUCACUCACUACACAUCUUACUGAUUGAUCCUUUAAAUAUGAUCAUCCUUAGAUUACAUAAAAUGUAAGUGUGUUGCUGUGAACCCAAACUAAGACUGUAUCAUAUUUGAUCACUUUAUUUUGUGUAAGAUAACCACAUUGGGCUCAGAAAGAUGCUUGAGUCAGUAAAAUGUGGAGCCAUCAGAUCAUUUGUUCCCUCAGGAGAGGUGUGUAGUUAUCACUGUUUCCUAACAUCUUAAAUCCUUGUUAAAAAGUUCAGAUUUAACCCUUUGUGGUGUGGAGUUUUGCACUUGACUUUCUGUAUGUAUGUAUGUAAACAUGUAAAUACUUUAAAAUAAAGAAACUUGUUAUGUUAUUAUCAUCU